GACGAGGAAUCGGAGACGGAGCCUGUGAUUGUGGCGGCCUCACCGCGCAAUUCGGAUCAUUCUCUCCUAUUCUCCUAUGGUGAUUUAUAUAUAUAUAUUAAUAUUAUAUAUAUACCCCCCCCCCCCCCACACACACACACACACACACGUAUAUAAAGGCCUCCAAAAACCAUCCCCACCACCGCAAAGAUUAUUGACGGGAGUUGACUGAGGAGGUGAGAGAGAGAGAGCGCAAGAGUUGCGCGUCUUUCCCGAGUCGGUCGGUGUAGGCCCUGUGUGUGACAGCCAUAACCAGCGAGAGCGGCCGGAGCCAUUUCCACAUCCACCACCACCACCACCAACCACCUCCUCCUCCUCCCUCCGCCGCCGCCGCCGCCGCCGCUGCAGCCAAGGAUCGCACGCACAGACAUGGCUUCGAGAAUUAAAGAACUUGUCAGCAGAAACAAGAGGAGAUUCCAGGAAGAUGGAUUCGACUUGGACUUGACGUAUAUUUAUCCAAACAUCAUUGCCAUGGGGUUUCCAGCGGAUAGACUUGAAGGUGUCUACAGAAACAACAUUGAUGACGUAGUGAAAUUCCUGGAUGCAAAACAUAAAAACCAUUACAAGAUAUACAACCUAUGUGCAGAAAGACAUUAUGAUGCUACUAAAUUUAAUUGCCGAGUCGCACAGUAUCCUUUUGAAGACCACAAUCCACCACAGCUAGAACUCAUCAAGCCAUUUUGUGAGGAUCUAGACAACUGGCUGAGUGAAGAUGAUAACAAUGUUGCAGCAAUCCAUUGCAAAGCUGGAAAGGGACGAACAGGUGUAAUGAUCUGUGCUUAUUUGCUACAUCGAGGCAAAUUUCUUAAAGCACAAGAAGCCCUAGAUUUCUACGGCCAAGCAAGGACCAUAGAUAAGAAGGGUGUAACGAUUCCCAGCCAGAGGCGUUAUGUACAUUAUUACAGCUACCUUUUGAAGCACAAAUUGGAAUACAAACCAGUGGCAUUACUGUUUCACAAGAUGCGGUUUGAAACUGUUCCAAUGUUCAGUGGUGGAACAUGUAAUCCUAUGUUUGUGGUAUCUCAGCUGAAGGUGAAGAUCUACACUUCCCCUUUGGGACCGACCAGACGUGAAGAAAAGUACAUGUAUUUUGAAUUUCCUCAGCCCUUGCCAGUAUGUGGAGAUAUUAAAGUGGAAUUCUUCCACAAACAGAACAAGAUGAUGAAAAAGGAUAAAAUGUUCCAUUUCUGGAUAAAUACGUUCUUCAUCCCACCACCAAAUGAGAAUUUAGAUAAGGUAGAAAAUGGCAGCAUAGUUACAGAAAAGGAAGGUGACAAUUGGUGCUAUGGUACAGAGCGUACAGAUAAUGACAAGGAAUAUCUGGCCCUUACAUUGACUAAAAAUGAACUUGACAAGGCAAAUAAAGACAAAGCCAACAGAUAUUUUUCACCAAAUUUCAAGGUGAAGCUGUUAUUCACAAAAACAGUAGAGGAACGACAACCACAUCCUUUGGGCAACAGUUCAACGACAGUAACGCCGGAUGUUAGUGAUAAUGAACCAGAGGACUAUAGAUACUCAGACACCACUGACUCUGACCCAGAGAACGAACCUUUUGAUGAAGAUCAGCAUACGCAGAUAACAAAAGUCUGAAAUAUUUUUAUGGGAAAAUUAAAACUAUGAGAGAAAAAGGAAACAAACUUGAAGAAACUGAAAGCAAGUACCUUUUUUAAUGGCAAUAGGACAAUGUGUCAAGUAAAAUGCUACACCGACUAUAGGAACAAUGAUCUUUUCCUGACCAAUGUUGUUUAGCCCCAUACAUACAUCCACGAGGUUUUGACACUGUUGUCCAAUGGAAAAGAUUGCGUAGGUAUGUUAUGUAUAUACAUUUUUUGUGUCAAAUGACAUAUAAAAGCGCAAUCAGGAAAAAGGAGGCACUUUCCCAUUUAAUUCCAGUUUUAUAAAAAGUGGAGACAGAUCUGGUGUGUAUGUAGGAAAAUGUUUCCUUUUGUGUUAUGUUGCCAACAUUAGGUGCUAACUUAUCUGUACAAAGGGUUUAUGCCCUGCCCC